AGAAGAAAAACGCGGCUGGUGAAGUGUGAACCCCCAAACCAGAUUCUCCUCCGGUUUUCUGUCUCAUUGAUUGUGUCCAAAGUACCAAGAUCGCAACAAUCCAGCACUAACCCACCUCCACUUUCUUCGAUUUUCAACAAUUUCAUCAACAGAUCGGUCAAUCAGCUCAAAAAGGUCACCUUUUCAUUGAAAGAAAGAUACAAUUUGUUUUGGAUGAUUUCUGUGGGGAGUAGAGAUGAGAGAAAGGGGAUGAGUUUGAAGUAUUGUUUUGAAGGGGGAAAGAUGGAGUUCGAUACUGAGAUUGAAGAAGGGGAAGCUUUUGUUCAGAAGAUUAAUAUUAAUAAUAAUAAUGAUGGUGAUGAUGAUUCAAUAAUUGAUCCUGAUGUGUCUCUCUCUUAUAUUGACGAGAAGAUACAAAAUGUUUUGGGACAUUGUCAGAAGGAUUUUGAAGGUGGAGUUUUAACUGAAAAUUUGGGUGCGCAAUUUGGAGGCUACGGUUCAUUUUUGCAGCGUUCUCCUGUUUUGCCUAAUCCAAACGCACGUCCAAAAGAUCUCAAUUAUAGUGCGCCCGUUUCUCCAAAUAACGCACAUAUGAAGGUUGUUAAUCAGAAUACUGUUUCGCAUUCAAACAAAUCACAACCCGUAAGAAACGGGCCAGCCUCUGUUAGUGCUAGAUCAGAGUCAGCACCUAGGAAGUCAAAGUCAAACGGUAAACUGAAGCAAGAAGUCAACAUAUAUAGUGGUAACAAAUCAAAGUCGAUUACCGACGUUGCUAACGAUUCUGACCCGAAGUCUCUAAAGGUUCGAAUCAAAGUGGGGUCUGAUAACAUGUUGACUAAAAAACACGCUGAAAUCUACAGUGGGCUUGGGCUCGAUAUGUCUCCGUCUUCUUUGGAAGCCAGCCCUGUAAACAGUCACGGGUUUAUUCACGGGCCUCGAGAUGUCCCGUAUGAGUCUCCCACUAGUAUUCUUGAGAUGAUGACAUCAUUUCCGGUUUCUGGAAGUCUUUUAUUAUCUCCUCUUCCUUAUGACGUGUUGCACUUGACUGAAAAAAAGUCAGAGGAUAAUAGUUGUGGGCCCAUGCACAAGGGGAGCCAAGAUAGUACAGUGACAGCGGUUCACGGGCCUGAUUUGGUCAACGUUGAACAAAAUGUUACCGGAGAGAAGUCAAAGUCAACCGAAAAGAAUUCCGUCUCAAUGGAAUCGACAAAUGGUGUUCUACCCAAGAAGGAAACAAGUGUGGACAAUUUUGCCCCUGGGAAUAACACAUCGUCUUCAAGUGGCAAACGGAAAGCGGAAGGCGGUUUAAAGAAUGAAUCUUUUAGAUCUAAAACUAAGAAAAGCGAUAACGGGUCAAAAAGCUAUACAGAAGAUUUCAAGAAAAAUAGCGGAAAAGUCAAACAGACGUAUAAAGAUUUCUUCGGGGAACUUGAUUUAGAACAGGAAGAUAAUGAAGAAACGGGUUUGGAGAAACCUUUGGAGGACACUAAUGUAAAAAGCACAAUGGAAAAUAACAGUUUGUUGAAAGAGAGAUCAAAUGGAAAGAAAAGUCAAAAACCGUCUUCAUCGACAAUAGGCAACGGGCCAGAAUCUAAUGCAGCUGUGUCUACGGUAGUUCCCGUGGUCAAUGAAGAGUGGGUUUGUUGUGACAAAUGUGAGAAAUGGAGGCUCCUUCCACCUGGUGUAAAUACGGACAGCUUUCCCGAGAAGUGGAUUUGUAGCAUGCUAGACUGGCUGCCUGGAAUGAAUCGGUGUAGCAUCAGUGAAGAGGAAACAACCAAGGCUAUAACCUCUCAUUUUCCUGGUCCUGUACACAGCUCUCAACCCGUUCAUCCUGGUGGGCCCCACUUAGCAGAGGUCACACUUGACGGGGCCAACCAACAAUUCGGUUCACAAAAUCCAUCUUCUGGUGUCAAGAAAAAUCUUGCGUUAAAAGAUCUACCAAAUGAAGAAGCCAAGCGGGACGGUCCUUCGAUGUCUUCUAAUUCUUCAAAGAAGAAACUUCACACCUCGUAUAAAACCAGAAGCUUAAAUGGCGUAAAUCAGUCUCCCGUUGUUAAUGCAGUAGCGUUUCAAGAUUCAGGGCGGUCUCGUGACGUGGUUGUGGAUAAGGACAGAUUAAAGCCAAAUGAGAACGAUAAAUUUUGUGAAAACUUUGCGGAUGAAGGUAGUAACAUUCAUCGCUUGAAGACGGGCACCAAAAGAGAGAGUAAAGAUUUUCCGAGAAAGGUCAAGAAAGUCAAAACAGAUGGAAACGGUGGACCUUCUCACACAGGGAAAGUUGAUAAACGAGACGUUGCGAAGAAAAGAAAAAGAGUAUAUGAAAUUGAUGUUACCGGGAACAAUGUGAAAGAAACAAGUGAAAUCAUUAACAUGAAGGAAAAGAAGGCAAGGGUAUUAAAGUCAUUUGACGGGGGAAGCUCGGGAAGAAAAGUUAAAAACAUCAAAGACGUUAAGUUAACAGAACCUUCAAGACAAAAUACGGUUCGGGCUGCCACUUCAAGCUCUUCAAAGGUUUCUGGUUCUCAUAAAAGUAAGCCAAAUAACCGAGAAUCAAAAGGGUCACCCGUGGAAUCGGUUUCUUCUUCUCCUAUGAGAAUCUUAAAUAAUAGAGGUGUUGACCCUUUGACCAAAUCUACCAAAUCAAAGGAGUUAUUGCCGAACAAAAAUGUCAGAAUCGAUAACGUUUCUAUUCACGGUUCCAAGAAAGCUUCAAAGAAGGAUGUUUCCGUAAAAGGAAAGUCAAACUCUUUGCCACCGGUGGGUCAAGGUGAAACCGAACGGAAAGAAAAGGUGGGAAAUAAUAUGCCAUCGAAGGCGUUAAAGCAUAAUAAAAAAGCUCAGAAUCAGAAUGGAAGUCAACAUUCGAAUAUAAAAAAUCCGACACCUGAAAAACAUAAGGACAAAAGUCAGGAUCCGACUGUUGUUCUUGUUAGGGAUUUAUCUAAUCAAGCUACGACAAAUGCUUUAAGAGAGGCGACUAAUCUUAAACAUAUGGCUGAUCGUGUUAAGAAUGCUGGAUCAAACCUUGAAAGUAGAGCUCUUUAUAUAGAAGCAGCGCUUAAAUUUCUUCAUGUAGCCUCUUUAUUUGAAUCCUGCCAUAGCCAAACAGGGAGAUACGGUGAUAUGAUUCAAUCAGUGUCCAUUUAUAGUAGCACCGCUAAAUUAUGCGAGUAUUGUGCUCAUGAAUAUGAGAGAACCAAGGAGAUGACAACUGCAUCUUUGGCCUACAAAUGCAUGGAAGUUGCUUACAUGAAAGUUAUAUAUUCUUCACACACAACCGCUUGCAAAGACGUGAACGAGUUGCAAACGUCUCUUCAUAUUGGUACUACGGGCGAGUCUCCUUCCUCCUCUGCUUCCGCUUCUGAUCUUGAUAACUUGAACAACCCGGCAGCUGCUGACAAGGCGGCACUAGUUAAGGGUGUUAAUCAAGCGGCUGGAAAUCAUGUUAUUGCUGCUAAAAGCAAACCCAGCUUUACACGGAUUCUUAACUAUACACAAAAUGUAACGUCAGCAAUGGAAGCCUCAAGGAAAUCAAGGAUUGCAUUUGCAGCGUGUAGUUCAAAAGAAGAGGCCGUUAUAUCUGCAAUCAAAAGAGCUCUUGAUUUUAACUUUCAUGAUGUUGAGGAAUUGUUGCAUCGGGUUCGAGUGGCAAUGGAAGUAAUUAACAGGUGAUUCAAGGUCAAAACACAAGAAUCAAAGGAAAGCGUAGCCGCAAAGACACUGUGUUUGUCGACAUUUUUCAGUCUUUUGGAAAAAAGAUCUCUCAAGUGGAUAGAUAUUGUUCGGUCUUUUGAAAGGAUGACUCAGAUGUGUUGGUUUUAAUAAAGAUCAUUUUGAAGAUCCCCCCCCCCCCCCCCCCCCCCCAAGUAAUGCGUUACACCAUUAUCGAAACUUGAUCAAGUUGCAGUGUAAAGAGAGCAUAAAACGCAUCAAGCUUCAGGACAUAUUGUAAUAUUGUAUAGAUGACGUCUUUAAGUAUAUGAAGGCAUAUUAUUGUCCAAUGGUUAUUUGUUUUAGUUCACAUAAUGGAGUUGUUGAGUUGAUUUGUAUUCUGCAACAAUGAAAAUCAAGAAGUACUUGAUGUUGUGGUGAUGAAGGUUAAAAAGGUAAUUUGCACCAUGAAAAAAAUCCUCCUUUGUUUGCUGCUUCUAUUGUCACAUGAAGUUCACUACAAUUUCCAGAUUUUCCCCUACACAGUCCCCUUACAGAUGGUUCACACAUAGUUAAACAUUUUCUUUAGUCGAUAUGUUCAUUGUUUUUUAAUCUUAUAGUUUAUAAUUAGGGUUUCAAAUAAAUGUAUCGGCUUGUGGACUUCAUGUAUCAGUUUUCAAGUAUAAUGUUAAUAUACGCAAGCUUUCUUUUAGCAAAA